AGAAGAACAGAAACUGUUUAAUCAUACUCCACAAAAGGUCUGAACUCCCCAGUUUUUGAAUGCGAGAAGAAAAUUCACAUUCGAAGCGCGGGAAUCAAAUGAAUGAUCGAUCAACAGCAUACAAGAUUUUCAAAGACUGUCUUCACAUAUCCUGUUGUUCGAGGAGAGUUGAGUUUGCAGGUGGAGACAGAUCAUUGCAAAAAGCAAUUUGCACAGUGCAGAUUUGUCUGAGAGAGCUCUCAGACAAAUUCAUUCUACUGUUAAAAUUUUCGUUUCGGUCAUCUAGCUGUUGACCUUCUUUGAAAAACCAUGACCGAUUAGAGAAAUUUGGCAGCUAACCAGUCCGCCACAACCCAAGCUAAGGCCGCCAUGUACCGGCCGAACAAGGUCUCGACCAGCUGCAAGAGACGUGUCACAGGUAGUGGCGUACGAAUGAUUGAUCCAUGACUAGCGCAAUCAAGUGAAAAGAGGGGUCACUUCGGAGAUAUAAGCUGUGUAGAAAACUCAAACUCAUGACUGGUUGUAAAUGUAAUUUUCCAGCGCCGCGGGCUCAGCCGUAGGUGGUCACCUACAUCUGCCAAAACUCUUCCAUUAGGUCUCGAUGGAUCGCUCUGUCGUGAUGAACACCGGGCUAUGAUAUGCUUGUGUGACAACGUUGCAACUCUCCAGCCUUGACCUUUGCGAGUUGUAGCGACAGCGGCGCAGUCGACCGUCACCGCAUCACAGAAAGCACGUAUCCAGCUGCCACCAGAUCCUCAAAUCUGCAGUACAGUAUGUUAUAGGGUACUAGUUGUCACACAUGACACAAACUCCUGCUAUCUGAAAUUUUUUGACUUUCUUCCGACGACAGAGACACCGUAAGCAGGUAUGCUACUUGGGAAACACUGGAAUGGUAUAUGGUGUAAGACCAGGCAGUACACGUGGAAUAAAAUUGCCAUUAUA